AUGGCCCUGCUCAUCCACCUCAAGACGGUCUCGGAGCUGCGGGGCAGGGGAGACCGGAUCGCCAAAGUGACUUUCCGAGGGCAAUCCUUCUACUCCCGGGUCCUGGAGAACUGUGAGGAUGUGGCUGACUUUGACGAGACGUUUCGGUGGCCAGUGGCCAGCAGCAUCGACAGAAAUGAGAUGCUGGAGAUUCAGGUUUUCAACUACAGCAAAGUCUUCAGCAACAAGCUCAUCGGGACCUUCCGUAUGGUGCUGCAGAAGGUGGUAGAGGAGAGCCAUGUGGAGGUGACUGACACGCUGAUUGAUGACAACAAUGCUAUCAUCAAGACCAGCCUGUGCGUGGAGGUCCGGUAUCAGGCCACCGAUGGCACGGUGGGCUCCUGGGAUGAUGGGGACUUCCUGGGAGAUGAGUCUCUUCAAGAGGAAGAGAAGGACAGCCAAGAGACGGAUGGACUGCUCCCAGGCUCCCGGCCCAGCUCCCGGCCCCCCGGAGAGAAGAGCUUCCGGAGAGCCGGGAGGAGCGUGUUCUCCGCCAUGAAGCUCGGCAAAAACAGGUCCCACAAGGAGGAGACCCAAAGACCAGAUGAACCAGCAGUGCUGGAGAUGGAAGACCUUGACCAUCUGGCCAUUCGGCUAGGGGAUGGACUGGAUCCCGACUCGGUGUCUCUAGCCUCAGUCACAGCUCUCACCACUAAUGUCUCCAACAAGCGAUCUAAGCCAGACAUUAAGAUGGAGCCAAGUGCUGGGCGGCCCAUGGAUUACCAGGUCAGCAUCACGGUGAUCGAGGCCCGUCAGCUGGUGGGCUUGAACAUGGACCCCGUGGUGUGCGUGGAGGUGGGCGACGACAAGAAGUACACGUCCAUGAAGGAGUCCACUAACUGCCCCUAUUACAACGAGUACUUCGUCUUCGACUUCCAUGUCUCUCCUGAUGUCAUGUUCGACAAGAUCAUCAAGAUUUCGGUGAUUCACUCCAAGAACCUGCUACGCAGUGGUACCCUGGUGGGCUCCUUCAAAAUGGACGUGGGAACCGUGUACUCGCAGCCAGAGCACCAGUUCCAUCACAAGUGGGCCAUCCUGUCGGACCCCGACGACAUCUCCUCGGGGCUGAAGGGCUACGUGAAGUGUGACGUCGCCGUGGUGGGCAAAGGGGACAACAUCAAGACGCCCCACAAGGCCAAUGAGACCGACGAAGAUGACAUUGAGGGGAACUUGCUGCUCCCCGAGGGGGUGCCCCCCGAACGCCAGUGGGCCCGGUUCUAUGUGAAAAUUUACCGAGCAGAGGGGCUGCCCCGUAUGAACACAAGCCUCAUGGCCAAUGUAAAGAAGGCUUUCAUCGGUGAAAACAAGGACCUCGUGGACCCCUAUGUGCAAGUCUUCUUUGCUGGCCAGAAGGGCAAGACUUCCGUGCAGAAGAGCAGCUAUGAGCCCCUGUGGAAUGAGCAGGUGGUCUUUACAGACCUCUUUCCCCCACUCUGCAAACGCAUGAAGGUGCAGAUCCGAGACUCGGACAAGGUCAACGAUGUGGCCAUCGGCACCCACUUCAUUGACCUGCGCAAGAUUUCUAAUGAUGGAGACAAAGGCUUCCUGCCCACACUGGGUCCAGCCUGGGUGAACAUGUACGGCUCCACACGUAACUACACGCUGCUGGACGAGCACCAGGACCUGAACGAGGGCCUGGGGGAGGGUGUGUCCUUCCGGGCCCGGCUCCUGCUGGGCCUGGCUGUGGAGAUCCUGGACACCUCCAACCCUGAGCUCACCAGCUCCACAGAGGUGCAGGUGGAGCAGGCCACGCCCAUCUCGGAGAGCUGUGCAGGGAAAAUGGAAGAAUUCUUUCUCUUUGGAGCCUUCCUGGAGGCCUCAAUGAUUGACCGGAGAAAUGGAGACAAGCCCAUCACCUUUGAGGUCACCAUAGGCAACUAUGGGAACGAAAUUGACGGCCUGUCCCGGCCCCAGCGGCCUCAGCCCCGGAAGGAGCCUGGGGAUGAGGAAGAAGUAGACCUGAUUCAGAACUCGAGUGACGACGAGGCCAGCGAUGGCGGGGACCUGGCCUCAGUCUCCUCCACCCCACCAAUGCGGCCCCUGGUCACCGACAGGAACUACUUCCAUCUGCCCUACCUGGAGCGAAAGCCCUGCAUCUACAUCAAGAGCUGGUGGCCGGACCAGCGCCGCCGCCUCUACAAUGCCAGCAUCAUGGACCACAUCGCUGACAAGCUGGAAGAAGGCCUGAACGACGUACAGGAGAUGAUCAAAACAGAGAAGUUCUACCCUGAGCGUCGCCUGCGGGGCGUCCUGGAGGAGCUGAGCUGUGGCUGUUGCCGUUUCCUCUCCCUCGCUGACAAGGAUCAGGGCCACUCAUCCCGCACCAGGCUUGACCGGGAGCGCCUCAAGUCCUGCAUGAGGGAGCUGGAAAGCAUGGGGCAGCAGGCCAGGACCCUGCGGGCCCAGGUGAAGCGGCACACGGUGCGGGACAAGCUGAGGCUGUGCCAGAACUUCCUGCAGAAGCUGCGCUUCCUGGCAGACGAGCCCCAGCACAGCAUUCCGGACAUCUUCAUCUGGAUGAUGAGCAACAACAAGCGUAUCGCCUAUGCCCGUGUGCCCUCCAAGGACCUGCUCUUCUCCAUCGUGGAGGAGGAGACCGGCAAGGACUGCGCCAAGGUCAAGACGCUCUUCCUCAAGUUGCCAGGGAAGCGAGGCUUCGGCUCAGCAGGCUGGACAGUGCAGGCCAAGGUGGAGCUGUACCUGUGGCUGGGCCUCAGCAAACAGCGCAAGGACUUCCUGUGCGGCCUGCCCUGUGGCUUCCAGGAGGUCAAGGCGGCCCAGGGCCUGGGCCUGCACGCCUUCCCGCCCGUCAGCCUGGUCUACACCAAGAAGCAGACGUUCCAGCUCCGAGCCCACAUGUACCAGGCCCGCAGCCUCUUUGCCGCCGACAGCAGCGGACUCUCAGACCCCUUCGCCCGCGUCUUCUUCAUCAAUCAGAGUCAGUGCACAGAGGUGCUGUUCUGGGGCCUACGGGACUUAAAGCGGGUGAACCUGGCCCAGGUGGACCGGCCACGGGUGGACAUCGAGUGUGCAGGGAAGGGGGUGCAGUCAUCCCUGAUCCACAAUUAUAAGAAGAACCCCAACUUCAACACCCUCGUCAAGUGGUUUGAAGUGGACCUCCCAGAGAACGAGCUGCUGCACCCGCCCUUGAACAUCCGCGUGGUGGACUGCCGGGCCUUCGGUCGCUACACACUGGUGGGCUCCCAUGCCGUCAGCUCCCUACGACGCUUCAUCUACCGGCCCCCAGACCGCUCGGCCCCCAGCUGGAACACCACGGUCAGGCUUCUCCGGCGUUGCCGUGUGCUGUGCAAUGGGGGCCCCUCCUCUCACUCCACAGGGGAGGUCGUGGUGAACAUGGAGCCAGAGGUACCCAUCAAGAAACUGGAGACCAUGGUGAAGCUGGAUGCGACUUCUGAAGCUGUUGUCAAAGUGGAUGUGGCUGAGGAGGAGAAGGAGAAGAAGAAGAAGAAGAAGGGCACUGCAGAGGAGCCGGAGGAGGAGGAGCCAGAUGAGAGCAUGCUGGACUGGUGGUCCAAGUACUUUGCCUCCAUUGACACCAUGAAGGAGCAACUUCGACAACAGGAGCCCUCUGGAAUUGACUUGGAGGAGAAGGAGGAGGUGGACAACACUGAGGGCCUGAAGGGGUCAGUGAAGGGCAAGGAGAAGGCAAGGGCUGCCAAAGAGGAGAAGAGGAAGAAAACCCAGAGCUCUGGCUCUGGCCAGGGGUCUGAUGCCCCUGAGAAGAAGAAACCUAAGAUUGAUGAGCUUAAGGUGUACCCUAAAGAGCUGGAGUGCGAGUUCGAUAACUUUGAGGACUGGCUGCACACUUUCAACCUGCUUCGGGGCAAGACCGGGGAUGACGAGGAUGGCUCCACUGAGGAGGAGCGCAUUGUGGGACGCUUCAAGGGCUCCCUCUGCGUGUACAAAGUGCCACUCCCAGAGGACGUGUCCCGGGAAGCUGGCUACGACCCCACCUACGGCAUGUUCCAGGGCAUCCCCAGCAAUGACCCCAUCAAUGUGCUGGUCCGAGUCUAUGUGGUCCGGGCCACGGACCUGCACCCUGCCGACAUCAACGGCAAAGCUGACCCCUACAUCGCCAUCCGGCUAGGCAAGACCGACAUCCGCGACAAGGAGAACUACAUCUCCAAGCAGCUCAACCCUGUGUUUGGGAAGUCCUUUGACAUCGAGGCCUCCUUCCCCAUGGAAUCCAUGCUGACGGUGGCUGUGUAUGACUGGGACCUGGUGGGCACUGAUGACCUCAUUGGGGAAACCAAGAUCGACCUGGAAAACCGCUUCUACAGCAAGCACCGCGCCACCUGCGGCAUCGCCCAGACCUACUCCACACACGGCUACAAUAUCUGGCGGGACCCCAUGAAGCCCAGCCAGAUCCUGACCCGCCUCUGCAAAGACAGCAAAGUGGACGGCCCCCACUUUGGGCCCCCCGGAAGAGUGAAGGUGGCCAACCGCGUCUUCACCGGGCCCUCUGAGAUUGAAGACGAGAACGGUCAGAGGAAGCCCACGGACGAGCACGUGGCGCUGUCAGCCCUGAGGCACUGGGAGGACAUCCCCCGCGCAGGCUGCCGCCUGGUGCCAGAGCACGUGGAGACCAGGCCGCUGCUCAACCCCGACAAGCCGGGCAUUGAGCAGGGCCGCCUGGAGCUGUGGGUGGACAUGUUCCCCAUGGACAUGCCAGCCCCUGGGACGCCUCUGGACAUCUCCCCUCGGAAGCCCAAGAAGUACGAGCUGCGGGUCAUCAUCUGGAACACGGAUGAGGUGGUCUUGGAGGACGACGACUUCUUCACAGGGGAGAAGUCCAGUGACAUCUUCGUGAGGGGGUGGCUGAAGGGCCAGCAGGAGGACAAGCAGGACACAGACGUCCACUACCACUCCCUCACUGGCGAGGGCAACUUCAACUGGCGCUACCUGUUCCCCUUCGACUACCUGGCAGCGGAGGAGAGGAUCGUCAUCUCCAAGAAGGAGUCCAUGUUCUCCUGGGAUGAGACCGAGUACAAGAUCCCCGCGCGGCUCACCCUGCAGAUCUGGGAUGCGGACCACUUCUCUGCCGACGACUUCCUGGGGGCCAUUGAGCUGGACCUGAACCGGUUCCCGCGGGGCGCAAAGACAGCCAAGCAGUGCACCAUGGAGAUGGCCACCGGUGAGGUGGACGUGCCCCUGGUGUCCAUCUUCAAGCAAAAGCGCGUCAAAGGCUGGUGGCCCCUCCUGGCCCGCAAUGAGAACGAUGAGUUUGAGCUCACGGGUAAGGUGGAAGCUGAGUUGCAUUUACUGACAGCAGAGGAGGCGGAGAAGAACCCAGUGGGCCUGGCCCGCAAUGAACCUGACCCCCUAGAGAAACCCAACCGGCCCGACACAGCUUUCGUCUGGUUCCUCAACCCUCUCAAGUCCAUCAAGUACCUCAUCUGCACCCGGUACAAGUGGCUCAUCAUCAAGAUUGUGCUGGCGCUGCUGGGGCUGCUCAUGUUGGGCCUCUUCCUCUACAGCCUCCCUGGCUACAUGGUCAAAAAGCUCCUAGGGGCAUGAAGGCCGCCAGCUCCCGCUAGCCACUCCCUGGCCCUGCCACAUUUCCUUGCAGUGGCUUGGACUCUUUCCCAUCUCCCCUGGGCAGCCUGAGGAGCCCAGUGUCCACUCUUCAUGCCUUGGGCCCAGAGCCUGCCUCCUGUUUGUGGGG